AUGGAAGACGAGAAGCCUGAUGUUGGCGAAAAUUUGCUUGCGGCAAAAGUUGAUGAUGAAGCAUCUCAAGCAGCGUCUGAAAAUAUAACUUAUUAUGAGAGUGGUGAAACUAUUUUUACUGAUCCAACAACAAAAUACAAAUAUAAAUGGAAUAAAGAAGCCAAUGAGUGGAAACCUGUUGAGAAUGAACACUACAAAUGGUGUAAUGAAAGUCAAAAGUGGAUAACGAAAACUUCAACUGAAAAUGAAUUUUAUCGUUGGUGUGAUAAAGGAAAUCAGUGGAUUCCUAAGAUGAGUGGCAAGGAAGGAAUCACUUACGGGUAUGAUGAGAAAGAAGGCUGCCAUACAUAUACCGAUAAAGACGGCGUUGUAUUCUUCUUUGAUAACGAAAAGAAAGCUUGGUUUCCAAAGGUCGAUGAUGAUUUUCUCGCUUUGUAUCAGUUGAAUUAUGGAUUUAACGACAUCACAUCAAAAGAAGAUGAUAAAGUGGUGAAAAGCAAUGUCGAAACGUCAGAGGUAUCAACAUCUGAAGCCGCCUCAACAACAAAUCUUGACGAACAACCUCAAACAAGCAAUGAAGCGAAGAAACGAAAAGCACCACCGGCACCGCCAAAGUGGUUUGAACUUCCACCGGAACAAAACACAAAGGUUUAUGUUUCAAACCUGCCCUUGGAUAUCAAGGAAGAAGAGUUUAGCGAAUUGAUGGGAAAAUGUGGAAUGGUGAUCAAAGACUUGAAAACAGGAAAAUUAAAGUUGAAAUUGUAUCGAGAUUCCAAUGGUCAAAUCAAAGGCGAUGGUUUGUGUCACUACAUAAAGAUUGAAUCUGUUGAGCUGGCUCUGAAUGUUCUCGACGGAUAUGAUGUUCGCGAUAAGAAAAUCAGCGUUCAACGGGCUGAAUUUCAAAUGCGAGGUGAAUACAAUCCAGCAUUAAAACCACGAAUGAAGAAACAGGAGAAAGAAAAGAUGAAAAAAAUUCAAGAAAAACUGUUUGAUUGGCGUCCAGAGAAGACGAGAGGUGAACGUGCAAAGCAUGAGAGAACUGUCAUAAUUAAAAAUCUUUUCGAGCCUGAAUUAUUCGACCGCGAAGUGCAACUGAUACUUGAAUAUCAAAAUGAUUUGCGUGAAGAGUGUGGCAAGUGUGGAACCGUACGGAAAGUUGUUGUUUAUGAUCGUCAUCCUGAAGGUAUCGCACAGAUCACGAUGGGAGAUGCUGAAGAAGCUGAUCUUGUUAUUCAGUUGAUGAAUGGGAGAUUUUUUGGCCAACGGAAGCUUUCAGCAGAAGCGUGGGAUGGAAAAAUCAAAUACAAAAUCGACGAGUCCGAAGCCGAUAAGAAUGAACGAUUGGCAAAGUGGCAAAACUAUUUGGAAACCGAAGAUGCAAAGAAAGAACUUGCUGAAAGAAAUCAGCAAAUGGAUGGGGAUGGAACGAAGGAAGAAUUUAGAAGUCAUUUGUGUAAUUUUAAAUAUGUUAGAUAUAAAUCAAAUUAA